UGUAAACAUGGCGUCCGUGACAACAGCCACCUCAGAGUGGAUCCAGUUUUUUAAGGAUGCGGGGAUUCCAGCUGGUCUCGCUGUCACUUACGCUGUUUCUUUUGUGGACAACAGAAUUCAGAAGAACAUGCUGAUGGACCUCAGUAAAGACAUCAUGAUGGACCUUGGUAUUACUGUCGUUGGUGACAUCAUCGCCAUUCUUAAACAUGCCAAGCAGGUACACAGGCAGGAUAUGUGCAAAAUGGCAACUGAGGCCAUCUCUUCUGGACAGACGAGCCUUAAGGCUGAGCUCAGAAGAACUGCCAACACUCCUGCUACACGUAUGAUUGCCAACGCUCUGAGCCAUGACUCCCCUCCAGCCACUCCCACCCGCCGACCUGACAACCGGCUCUCCGUCACGGUGUCCAACUCUCAGGCGAACAAAAACCACAAAGCAGUUGUAAGUCAACCAGCUGAUGAGGGGAACGGUUUGCCAGCGGCGAAGCGGCGGCGCGUGACAGCUGAGAUGGAAGGCAAGUACAUCAUCAACAUGCCCAAAGGCACCACGCCUCGUACACGUCGUAUCCUGGCCCAGCAGGGCAAGAAAGGUUUGAAGCGUACGUCUGUGUUCGAACGACUUGGAGCUGAAUCGAUGGCAGACACAACCACUUGUAAUAACAAGCCGACUGGUGUGUUCAGUCGCCUCGACAAAGAGGAUAAAAGUGAAGACAUGCUGAAGUUGGUGACCGUGGCUGUAAACUUGGAUGAAGAGGAGGACAGUGAUGGAGAAGGCUCAGUCCUGCAGUACGCUGGUGUUCUCAAAAGACCCCCCCUAACCCAGAAGAAAAAAACAGCCACAAAAGCAGCCCCCACCAGCCUGCGACGCCUCGGAGGGAAAUUCAAACUUCCUCCCUCUGCUUGUCCCACUUCCUCCUCUGCCUCCUCCUUAAAAAGCCUCCCUCCUGCCAAACGUAGCGUUCUUCAGAGACUGGGCAAACUCCCCGCUGCGAGCGCUGUCAUGUCUGCCACACCCGCUGACACACAGGACAACAAAGUGACCAGCUCCAAGCCCCGAGCGCUGGAGAAAGCCACGAUAGCAAGCUGCAAAGUCAGCAGCAGCACUGGGGCUGCGGGGGCAGUAGGGGGAGAGUCUGUGGGGGCCAAGAUGGACGUCAAGGCUGUCAGUGUUUUUAAAAGACUUGGCAGCAAACAUCCCUAACUCACUUCCUGGAAAUACACUUGUUUUUUGGGGGGUUUUUGUAAGCAUCCUUCCUUCAUGCAGAUUAUUAUUAUCUAAAUCUAUUUUUUAUUUUCU